AUUAAAACAAACACCUUGCUACUGAUAUUAUUAUGAAAAUAUUUAUUCAAUUUGCAGUAGAGUAGUUAAAAGUGAAUAUGGAAGUGAUAGACAAAGGUCCUCGAAUUGGUAAACGACAUGUUCAAGUAUUCUUAAUGUUUGCUCUUCUCUCCAUUGCUUUUGGAAUGAGAGUUCAACUUAACGUAGCAAUGGUUGCGAUGACGGAAAAAGAUACAUCUCCAAAUCCAGAUGUUCCGGUUUUCGAUUGGAAUAACAAAAGCGUUCUACUUUCAUCAUUUUAUUGGGGAUAUCUAUGGCUUCAAAUAUUAGCCGGUAACCUUGGUAGGGUGUACGGCACCAAAUACUUCCUGCUAGUAGCAAUGACCUUAAAUUCAAUCAUUUGUUGUACAAUUCCAAUCAUAGUCAAGACAUGGGGUUCGUACGGAUUGAUGGCUAUUAGGGUAUUGCAAGGUUUGAGUCAAGGAUUCUUCUAUCCUUCAAUUAAUGAUGUUCUGUCCAAGUGGAGUCCUUCUUCAGAGAGAGCUUCAUUGGGAAAUUUAGCGUUUUCCGGUGCUUAUUUUGGAACUAUUUUUACUAUGCCAUUAGUUGCAUUUAUUUCGACGACAUGGUACGGAUGGCCUUUGUCGUUUUAUAUAUAUGGGUGUAUGGGAUUUUUGUGGACAAUUGGUUUUUAUUUUUUUGGAGCUAGUAGUCCAGCAUCACAUCGUUUCAUAUCUGUAGAAGAAAAAGAAUAUAUUGAAAGUAAUUUGGAUACUGAAGGACAAAAAGCUAAAAUACCAUGGAAAAAAAUGAUUUGGAAUGCUCCAUUUUUCGCUGUAUAUUUUGCUCAAAUUGGACAAUUUUUUUCCGCUCUAGUGCUUUUAUUAGAAACUCCAACCUAUUUAAAUAAAGUGAUGAAAUUCGAUAUAGAAUCGAAUGGCUUCCUGAGUGCCGUUCCAUACAUCGUUAGUAUAAUUGUAAUGAUAGUUUGUGGAUACAUAGGUGAUUACCUUAUAAAUCACGAUAUAUUACCCAUUAUUUGGUCAAGAAAACUUUUUACUACAAUUGGUAGUGUAAUACCAGCUGCAGCUAUACUGACAUUAGGAUUUUGUUCAGAAGAUGCUAUCACUCUAUCUGUUGUAAUGUUAGUUCUAGCUUCAGGAACUGCUACUGCAUGUGGGGCAGGAUCAAAUAUAAAUCACAUUGAUUUAUCGCCGAAUUUCGCAGGAGUUCUUUUGGGAAUCAUUAAUAGUAGUGGAACUUUAGUGUCUAUUUUGGGACCGCUGGCUGUUCAGUUUAUUGUGACAGACGAGACGGAUAAAAAUCAAUGGAAAAUAAUUUUUAUCAUAACAGCUGCUGUGUAUCUCGUGCCAUGGGUACUGUUCUCAUUUUUUGCUUCCGCUGAAGUUCAGGCUUAUGAUGCAUCUACAGAGAGUACUGAGAAAAAGAAAGAAAGACUUAAAAAGCAUUCUGUAAUAUCUGUUUUAUCUCUAUAAAUAUGAUAAUAAAAAUAUUUAUUUAUUAUCAAUGUUUUUUUACCAAUUAAAAUCUUGUUUCGUGAUCCGUUGCCAUGGCAACAUAGUCUUUAUAAAUAAAUCAGCAUAAUAUGGCGAAAAUCGAAGGUUCGAGCGUAAAAGAAAAAACAAUCAAUGUUUAUAUUAACUUCUUGAUUUAAUUUGAGACAACAUUGCAAAGCAAAAUAAAUACUUUCAGCUACAUAAAAACAUUAAACAAAGAAUAAUAUUUAUC